GAAAGCAGGAGUUCGUGGACGCUGCCAAAAAGGCCGCCAAGGCGGCCGGCUGGAAAACCGAGGUCGGCGAUGUUGCCUCCGUGGACGUAGCCUUUGUGGAGCCUGGGGAGGGCCCCAAGAUUCCUCCCGGCAUCAAGUCCAACAAGGUGUCGCCUCUGCCGGGUUUGCUGUUCCCGGUCCCUGGCUUCCGACA